AUGAUGCAUUUUGAUGAAGCAGAAUAUGCCUGUGGGGUACAAGGAGCCAGCAUUGCAUACAUUCAUCGAGAGAUACUGAUUAGAUUUUGGGAUGAAUUCUUCUCCAACGUCUACCGAGUCUGGGCCGACGCUUCCGAACAUUUCAAAUCCGAUUUGCUUCACGAUAAAGGAGACGAUCUAAUGAUUGCAUUUGACGGAUAUCCAUUCAAUCUACCCUCCAGAUCGAUUUUAAAAGUUGAUGGAACUCAACAAAAAGCUUUUGCUCUUUGUGAAUACCCUCCUAGAAUCACAUCAGCUCAUUUGAAGUAUCUCGGAGAAAUGCAUUCUCAAAUUUACUACCCGUCAUUAAGUUUGGAUGAAGGAUUUUUCGUAAGGACCACGAGUCAAAGAAGAUGGAAUGGAGAUAGGAAAUCCGAUGAUGAAUACUGUAGAAAAGUGAUGCACGCAUUCGUAAGAACAGAAGGGAUUACUGUAAAAUCAGCUACUCCGACCGAACGAUUUCUAAGAACAUUAGGGGAGUUUAAUAGAGAGAAAUACUUCUCAAGCCUCCAAGAUCCUUGGAACACAUUCUACCGUACUUCGAUUCACUAUGCACCCGACGUAAUGGAACGGAGAAGGAAGAAUCCAGUGUGUCAAGAAGAUCCGAAUCCUUUGGGAAAGUUUUCUGAAUACAUAGAUGAUGAGCUAUGGGGAGAAGAUGAGCCAAGAAUGAGUUGUGAUUCUGGAACGGCGAGUACAGUAAUCCGAUUGUAUGAAAAAGGAGUGGAAGGGGUUCUGGAGACAUUUUCCGAUGCAAGAUAUGCACCCAUUUAUUCCCGGUCCGCGGCAUGUUACCGGAUUUGGUACCAAAACUGUNUGAAUAUCUCGUUUGGAGACAAGCUAUCUGCCAGCCCGCCACCGGCCCGUUCGCAACUAUGCUUAAAACCUACAAUAAAUGAGCCGAUGAUGUUCAACUUUGAGUCAAUUUAUCUCGGUUCCUGUAAAAGAUAUGAAAAAGUUGUCAACUGA